GAUUAGCUUCCGAUAAGCUGGCAAAUCCCCCGCUUUCCUUCCCGUGGGCUUAUCUUAUCGCCUGGUCAGUGCAUGUGCAAGGGAUGGGGGGAUUCGACGCAUCUUGCCAGGUUGGAUUGGACAAGACAAGUGAUAAGUAGCCGAGGGGCAGCAUCUUCUCCUGUCUGAUUCUUACUUUAGAUCUCCUUCAAUAGACCUCGUAGUCAUGAAUAUGCCUUCAGAUUCCGCUGUUCCUUCCGAGCGCCACGAUGCCGAUGACACAACCGCCCUUGGAUCGCGCGUGUUACGCAAGGUGGAUAGACGGCUGAUUCCCCUGCUCUUCGUCACCUACCUGCUCAAUUACAUGGACAAGGCCAUUCUUUCCAGCGCUUCUGUGUUCGGGUUGACAGAAGACACGCAUCUGGUCGGACAGCAAUACAGCUGGGUUUCGAGUAUCUUCUACUUCGGGUAUUUCUUCUGGGAAUGGCCCACCAACCUGUUAAUUCCACGAGUGCCGGUGGCCAAGUACCUGGGACUCAACACGCUCUUUUGGGGCGCGGUGGUUGCGCUCACAGCCGCUUGUGUGAAUUAUGGCGGUCUCUUGGCUGUUCGGUUCCUGCUCGGGGUUGCAGAAGCCACCAUCACACCCGCUUUCAUGUUCAUCACCUCGACUUGGUACACCCGGGAUGAGAUUCCGUUCCGGACGGGGAUCUGGUUCUCGGGGAACUCGGUCGGUGGUCUCAUCGCUAGCCUACUGGCUUAUGGCAUCGGACACAUUGAGCACCCACUCCGACCGUGGAUGUGGAUGUUUAUCAUCCUAGGUAUUGCUACCUUUCUGUGGGGGUUUGUUCUUCUGGCAUUCUUGCCGGACAGUAUCUCCAGCGCCCGUUUCCUGAGCUCCGAGGAGCGGGAAUAUAUGAGCAAUCGUGCUGUGAUUGCUGGUACAGGACGUACGGAGCAUACCACAUGGAAAUGGGAGCAGGCCGUGGAAUGUGUUCAGGACCCGAAAACUUGGCAUCUUUUUGCCAUCGCUCUGUUGACCCAGAUACCAAACGGAGGCACCCAGAAUUUCGGGAACCUGGUGAUCAAGUCCUUUGGAUUUACGUCCUUACAAUCGACCCUGAUCAACAUCCCUGCGAGUGUGAUUAGUGCGGCCACCAUUGCCAUGACCGGGUGGCUGGCGGGUCGAUCCAACAAGCUUAACUGUAUCUUGAUAGUGUGCGUGAUCAUCUUUCCCAUCAUUGGCAGCGCAAUCAUCUACGCUCGUGCGCAUUAUGUGCCCCUGGGAGCGCAACUCUUCGGGUACUUUCUUCUUUCGACAGGGCCGGGGGCGUUGCCACUGGUGAUGUCUCUGCUACAGAGCAACUAUCGGGGCGUCACGAAGAAGAUGACGAUGACCGCCAUGAUGUUCGUCGCGUAUUGUGCGGGCAACAUCGCCGGACCACAGCUGUUCCGAACCAGUGAGGCACCGACGUACCCGACAUCGUUCCGGGCCAUUUUGAUCUGUUAUAUCAUUGUUGUUGGGCUGGUCAUCUCUUUGCGCUGCUACCUGCAAUGGCUUAACGCGAAACGAGACCGUGACGAGGGGAUACAGGGCAGUGCCAGUUUAGCGGGCGCUGUAGGAGGGAAGGUGGUCAACGAGCAACGCGAUGGGACUGAUGUCUCAGUGCUCGUGAGGUCUGUGGAACUGGACCAAGCAGACUAUGAAGACGUGACAGACUGGAACACGGUCGGAUUUCGCUAUCGCCUGUGA